AUGGACCGGAGAGGAGGUGCGAUGCUGCUGGCGCUCCUCGCCGCUUUGCAGGUGGUGGUGGUGCAGGGCAGAGAGGCCAUGGUGUGCCAGCCAGCCUUCACCCAGCAAGAGUACAGCGUCAUCGUCAGUGAUGUCAUCGCCGGGGGACAGGCUCUGCUCAAAGUGAGUUUCGUGGACUGUGGCCGAGGUUCUGGCCUGCGCUUUGAGAGCGGAGACCCGGCAGAUUUUCGGAUAGGAGAAGAUGGCACAGUGUACGCCGCAAGAGCUCUGCAUCUAUCGGAAAGCACUGGGCAGAGCCUGGAGAUCAGGGUGAAGGACGUGGAGUCAAAGGAGGUGUGGCACACACGCGUGAACUUCGCCCUGCCCAACACUCCAAAACAGGUGCCUGAGAUCGUGUUUCCAUGGCGCAGCGUGGUUGUCGGGGGCGACGGCAGUGUGAGCCGUGUGAAGAGAGACUGGGUCAUCCCUCCCAUCAAUGUCCCUGAAAACUCGAGAGGACAGUUCCCUGAGGAGCUUGUCAAAAUCCGCUCAGAUAGGGACAAGAGUAACACACUCCGUUACAGUGUGACAGGACCAGGAGCUGACCAGACCCCUACUGGCCUCUUCAUCAUUGACCCUAUCACAGGGCAGCUGUCUGUUACCAAACCACUGGACAGAGAACAGAUCUCUAACUUCCAUCUGCGUGCUCAUGCAGUGGACAUCAAUGGGAAUCAGAUGGAGAAUCCCAUUGAUAUUGUCAUCAAUGUCAUCGACAUGAAUGACAACAGACCAGAGUUUUCCCAUCAGAUCUGGAACGGCACAGUGGAUGAGGGCGCCAAGCCAGGGACGUUUGUGAUGACGGUCACAGCACAAGAUAAGGAUGACCCCAACACGGCCAAUGGCAUGCUGAGAUACAAGAUCCUCUCCCAGAGUCCCGAGAGUCCAUCCACUAACAUGUUCACCAUCAACAACAAGACAGGCAAAAUCAUCACUGUAGCGGCGGGCCUUGACAGAGAGAAGGUGUCCCAGUACACUCUGAUUAUCCAGGCCACUGACAUGGAGGGAAACCCCACAUACGGUCUGUCCAACACUGCAACUGCUAUCAUACGCCUGCUGGACGUCAACGAUAAUGCACCAGAGUUCACCAGAGACACCUUCUAUGGAGAGGUCCCUGAGAACCGUGUAAAUGUGAUCGUGGCUAAUCUGACAGUAACAGACAAAGACAAGCCAGGCACUCCAGCCUGGAACGCUGUGUACCGCAUCACGUCUGGAGACCCAACUGGGCGCUUCUCCAUUCCUACAGAUCCUACCACCAACGAGGGCCUCGUCACCGUGGUUAAGCCUAUUGAUUACGAGAUGAGUCGUUCAUAUAUGUUGACCGUGGUGGCUGAAAACGAGAUUCCACUGGCCGGAGGGAUCCACCGCACCCGCCAGUCAACAGCCACCAUUUCCAUACGCAUCAUCGACGUGAACGAGAGUCCGAACUUUGACCCCAACCCCAAGCAGGUCAAACUGGAUGAGGGACUUCCAACAGGGUCAUUGCUAACCACAUUUAUAGCCCAUGACCCUGACAGACACAUGCAGCAGACUAUCAGAUACUCUAAGCUGUUUGACCCAGCCAACUGGCUGGAGAUUGACCCCAACAAUGGGCGAAUUUCCACUAUCGCCCUGCUGGACCGUGAAUCUCCCUACGUCAGAAACAACCUCUACAAUGCCACCUUCAUGGCCUCUGACAACGGUGUUCCUCCAGCCAGCGGGACAGGCACUCUGCAGAUCUAUCUGUUGGACAUCAAUGAUAACGCCCCACGGGUGUUUCCUCAGGAGACAGAGAUGUGUGAGCUUCCAGAGCCCAAUGGCAUCAACAUCACAGCAGUGGACGGAGACCUGAACCCUAACGCGGGGCCAUUCGCCUUCGAGCUGGCCAACAAGCCCUCUGACAUUCGCCGCAAUUGGACGCUCACCCGCCUCAGCGGUGACUAUGUCCAGCUGAGUCUGAGAACCGGCUCCCUUCAAAGUGGAAUCUACGAGGUGCCAAUCAUCAUCACGGAUUCGGGCAACCUGCCGAUGGCCAACACUUCCUACCUGCGGGUCAAAGUGUGCCAGUGUGAUCUCCACGGAGACUGUGUGGAUAUGGAGCGCAUCAUGGCCGCCGGUCUGGGCACCGGAGCAAUCAUUGCCAUCCUCAUCUGCAUCAUCAUUCUUCUGGUGCUGGUGCUGAUGUUUGUGAUGUGGAUGAAGAGGAGAGAUAAGGAGCGUCAGGCCAAGCAGCUGCUAAUAGACCCAGAGGAUGACGUCCGAGACAACAUCCUCAAGUACGACGAGGAGGGCGGAGGAGAGGAGGACCAGGAUUAUGACCUGAGUCAGCUCCAGCAGCCAGACACUCUAGAGCAUGACCUGGUGAAACCAGUGGGCAUCCGGCGGCUGGACGAGCGCCCAAUGCACCCAGAGCCCAGCUACCCGCUCCGCUCUGCAGCACCGCACCCUGGAGACAUUGGAGACUUCAUCCAUGAGGGUCUGAAGGCAGCGGACACAGACCCCACGGCUCCCCCGUAUGACUCUCUGUUGGUGUUUGACUACGAGGGCAGUGGCUCCACGGCUGGUUCACUCAGCUCCCUGCACUCCUCCAGCUCCGGCGGAGACCAGGACUAUGACUACCUCAACGACUGGGGGCCACGCUUCCGCAAGCUGGCCGACAUGUAUGGAGGCAACGACGACUAGCCGAGUUGCUGCUCAGCCCAGAGCCAUCCCAGGACCACCAGAGGAAGAGGUGCAACAAAAAAAAAUUAUAAAAUAUAUAUUAAAAAAAAAAAGUGUGGCACUUUUUUAUCAUGGGACAUGGACAGUGUAAAAUCAGAAGAAUGAAGAAAGCGAUAUUCCCCCAGGAGAGGAUGAGAGAGAGGAAGAGCGAGGAAGGAGGAUCACCAUGGCAACAAAACUGGCUCUUUCCCAGGUUUUCUGCUGGAGUCAAAAAGAGCAGGCCGAAGGAAUCUGGACUAGCUCUGGAUCAGGCCAGCUUUUUGCCUGAGUGAGGGACCCAUUGGUGUGAAAAUUGAAACAUUAAAAAAAAAAAGAAAACGUUGAAGGAACACUUUGAGAACGUUGAAACGAACGCUCAGUUACACUUGAAUUUCACAGUACAGAAGCACUGGGAUAUUACGUGCCUUUUUGUACAUUUUUUGUUGUUUUAUUCUGCUUUUUACUUCUGAUUACUUGGUUUCUUGUUCAUUGGCUUUAUUGGCUCUGAGUUUUGGAGUGGUUCUGUUGUGAGCCUGUUUAUAGAAUAUGGUUAUGCUUCUACACGCUUCUGUUUGUAUGCCAUCACUCUGUUUGACCUCGUCAGGUGUCGCAACGAAGUGGAAGACAAGACGAAGAGAACAGCAUUGUACAGUAUGCUAGAAAUUUAGAUAGUUUUCGAUUUCUAUGUCAUUGGGUUUCUUUUUUUAUAUUAUUCAUCAUUUUCCACCAAAACGUUUAACUUAUGCAGCCGGUGCAAAAGGGGAAAACCCCAUUCGUUGUUUGGUAGCAGAACCUUUUGUUAUUAUAAUUUUAUUUUUUUUGUUAGUAUGAUUUUCCUUUUUUAUGUGAUAUUGUUUUACACAAAUAAAAUUGUUUCUUUUGUUCAAGCUCCAUCUGCCUUAGUCACCCUAUGGUAUUCUUUCUCUUUUUUUUACUCCACUGUAAAUUAAAUGGUGUGUACAUAGUUUUUUUUUCUUUUUUUUUUGUUGAUGUAGUCAAUGAAGAAGUACAAGGAAUAUGAAACUUGUAUAUGUAUAAUUUGGACUACAAACAAAAGGCUUUUUGCAUGUUUUUAUCUUUUCAGUAUAAAAAAUGGUAUUUCCAAAAUUUAUUUACCCACAAAAAGGCAUUGGGGAGACAGAGCACCAGCAAGGCAGCAGCUUUCCUCAGAAUAACUGUAACUCCCUUCCAAUAUAAAUGAAUUCGAUUUUUCUUCUUGUCUCUUCUAAUAGCCGCCAGUUGAUCGUGCCCCAGUGCACUAGACUAGCUUUCUAAAUCUUUUCUCCUGGCUUUUCCCCAACUUCUUUCAGUCCAACAUUACUGAGGCCAUCCCCACUGCUACACUCCACAGGCUAUUCUUACAGACAGAGGGCUGGAGGCUUCAGAGUGCAUUCUUACAGCUCUACUGGAGCACACAAGAGAUGGACUAAGGAACAUAGCCCACUACUGGAGUUUUAGCAUUGCCCUAAUCCCUGCUGCUGUCUCUCCACAUCAAAAGCUGAAGGAUGUGUGUAUGCGUGUGUGUGCACGUGUGGUGUGUGUGUAAGUGUAUUCCAGGCUGCAGUCACAGAAGGGCCGCGCAGCGCUAGUUUAAAGAGCAGAACGUGCGUAGUUCUCCAGUUCACACUCAGGUGACUGACAGCAGGAAGUUGAUUGACAGCUGCUGGAUGAGUGGCAGCCAGUGAGAGUUCUGUGGGCUAUGUUUGCCAUUACAUGUGGAUGUUAUGAUCAUCGCAGCCCGACUGGCCAAUAAAAGUCUAAUUUUGGAAAUGCUGA